UACUUGGUACCAGGUACGCCAUUUCAAGCAACUCUGUAGCAUCAUCCGUCGUACGCUACGCAGGUCUUUAAACUUUUACCUGCAAACGGCUUGCCGUCACUCCCUCUUUCCCUCCUAUACUGCUACUCUUCAUCACUCCCAUCUUGAAGAAAACCCUCGUAUCCCCUCGAAAUUGCACUGCGUGCCCUCAAUGGACCCGCUCUCUGCCCUCCGAGACUUCACCAUCCGGGGCGAACUCGACAAAGUAGUGCGAGUCGGCGACGAGUUCCGGUUCGGCUCGGACUACUCCUUCCCCUGCUCGGCCUCCACCGGCUACCGCUCCAAGCAAGGGAAUCUAUAUACCCUUGAAACUCUCGUUUAUUACAUAAAGAACCACCACCUGAAGCACAUAGAGUACCUUCAGAACGCUCGCAACCUCAAGAUCCCUUCCGUCACUCUCCCUGACAGGAAGCCCUUGCUCGAAUACCUUCAGGGCAAGAUCGCCUCACAUGACGCUAUCGAACUUCUCAUCCCCACCGUCCAUUCCUCCGUUGUUGACGUGGAAGAAUACCGCCCCGAGGAUCCAUCCCUACCCUUCCCCAAAGACGGACCCCCUGCGGAGAAAGACGAGAACGGCGAGGAUUCGAGGAUUCUACCUGAACGGCCUGUCGACUAUGUUUCCAUGAUUAAGGCUCUGGAGAAGCCUCUUAAAGACAGGGAGUCGCUCCUGGAAUGCCGGCACCGGGACUUUUACGGUGUUCUAGUGGCGUCAACGCGGCGGGAGGAGGAGCGGCAGCGGGCGGAGUCGCAACAGCGGAAGGAUGGGCUGGUGGCGAAAAGCCGGCUGCUGGGGCCUGACGGCGGGGUUGGUGGGGGUGAUGAUGCGGGAUUCGAGUCAACGCCGAAACCAAAGAUGCAUCUGAAGGGGAGCAAGAUUGGGGAGGGGGUCCCAAUCAUCCUGGUGCCGAGUGCAUCCCAGACACUGAUCACGAUCUACAAUGUUAAGGAGUUUCUGGAGGAUGGGGUGUUUGUGCCGACGGAUGUGAAGAUGAAGAUGGGGGCGUCGAAGCCGGACUGUGUUACGGUGCAGAAGAAGUUCAGUAGGGAUCGAGUGGUGGCCGCAUAUGAGGUGAGGGACAAGCCAUCGACGAUGAAGUCAGAGGACUGGGAAAGGGUGGUUGCAGUCUUUGUUUUAGGGAAGGAGUGGCAGUUCAAGGAUUGGCCUUUCAAGGAUCAUGUCGAAAUCUUCAAUAAGAUUGCAUGAAGCGUGAAGCAAAGCGGCAACAUAUUCGGGAGUGGGAGCGGGGAAGUGUUUGUGUCAACAUGUUGUUAGGUAUAAAAAGGCUAGGAAGCGGGAGUAGAACCGCAAGUAGUGUUGUCAUGUGCGAUCAAUAAGUGAUUAUGUGUUUGCACAAUUGCAUACAUUGGUCGCACAAUCGCAUACAUUGGCUCAGAUUACAUAUGCGAUGAUCGCAUAUGCCAUGCACGGAGUAUGCCCUGGCAAUAUGGCAUACUAAAGUAUGUGAUGGUUAUGCCAUGACAUAAUCGCAUAACCAUGGCAUACUCUAGUAUACGAUGGCAUAAUGGCCAACGGUCAUAUUUCUUGUAGAUUGUAAUAAGUUGUAACUUGUAACUUGUAGAGUACCUUUAACUUGUAUUGUAUGCAUCAACUCAUCAAGAUUCAAUUUAUCAAUACAAUUUCUAUUUUCGUAGUUUUUAAUAAUUAAUUCUCUUUUAGUGUAACUUGUUGAUUGUUUAAAUUUAUUUUGUUAUAUAACGUAUAAAUGGUCUAAUUGACAAACUACAAGGAAAUAGGUAAAAAAUACCCAAUCAAAUCACUUGUAGUAAUUAGACAAUUUUCUUAAUUAAUGAUUUUUUCAAUAUUAUUUUUUUAAAAUUUUUUUUAAAAAGCCAUUAGUCUGAGAGAUCACAUAAGCGAUCAGCCUAGGCUGAUGGCUUAUGCAAUUAUAUGCUAUUUGACGACAUUGAGCACAAGUCCGAAGUGGGAGCGGCACCUCAAGUUUCCCUCAAAGCCAAACUUGUGGCUGUAGUUUGGACUCGAGCGCAAAGGUUUUUGUUGAUAAUCAUGGGGUCUUCUUAAGGAGAUCGUGGGUUGUCCUCUUUUAUCCUGGUUGAUGUCUUUCAUUCUUUUGUAUAAGUUCUUUUCUAAUAAAAUAUCAAAAUCCUUCACAAAAAAAAAAAAGGUCGAAGGUUAGCAUGUUUUCCAAAGUGUGAUGUCUAAUAAAAUGGGACCUUUUUUUCGUUUCCAAAAAAGAAAAAAAGGGACCUUUUAGCUUAUUUCUUUGGAGAAAAGCACUCAGAGGAUGUAUGAUUCAAUGUCACUCUCAUGGACCAUUGUUAUUUGAUACUCGGAACACUGUGGAUACAUAGUUGAAAAGCCAUCCAUGAUGAAAAUAAGAAAGCAUAUAAAUUCAUGAAAUGUGGAAGAAGGAUCAUCAGUGAACCUGUUAUUUGAGAUCUAGCUGUUCUUCAGGACUUCAGGAGAGGAAGGGCGAAAACUGGCGAAAGUACCAAAGGAAAAGAUGGAACCUAAGGAAGUGGCAUUUGAAAAUCAUAAGAUGUUCCUUAUGAAAGUGUCCCAAUCCAAGGAAAUGAAUAUGAGUAAUCGACUGUUGGAUUGACUAAUAUAUCAAUGGAUGGAUUGACCAACGGAUAGGAAUCACAAGGUGAAGUGGUUGUGGCUCAAGCAUCAAGUUGAAAGUAAAGGUGGCUGUGAUUUGGUAUUCAAAUUGGUGAAUUCCAAGGAAAUUGUCAAAGGUCAGUCCCAUGCCAACAACCAAAGCUCAUAGAUUGGGACUCGUGGUGAGAAAGGUGACAAAACAACAACAGGAAGCCUAUCAAGAGCAAAGGAAGAAGCCAUGAUCAACAAUCCGGCCUUCAAGUCCAGCUAAUCCACUGCUAUAGAAGAAACGAAAGCCAACGUCUAAUAUUCAGAGGACAAUGAUGUGGAUUUCUACUUGAUUUUUUUUUUUCCUAACAUGUUGAAAAAUAAAAUGAACUCAAACAACUUUUUUCACCCUUGGCUUUUCAACCUGAUUCUGCUCUCAGAUCAUGAUUUCUCCAUCACAUUCGUGAUUUAAUGCGAAACAACUCAAGUGGAGUUGUUAAAACUUAUCUAGGAAUAUACGUCUCCCCAAAAAUGUGGUCAAUUUUUAAUUUUUUGAUAUUUUUUCAAAGAUAUUUAUUGUUGUCAUUGUCGUGCUUAGAAAUAUUGCAACUAUUAAUUGAUACCUGGUAUUUAAGCAACAGGACCAUUGUCAAUAUAUCAUAAUAAAUUCAAUAGUGUUAUAUCGGCAUGUAUUGGUGAUAAUAUCGUAGAUGCAUUGCAUCUUUUGUUACACACCCCUGUUUAGAAUAUCGCACACCUGUGAUGCUGAUAGUAUCAGCCAAUACAGUCGAUGAUUCGAACAACACUGGAGUUUUGCAUGGUUUCCGUGUUAUACUCUGUGUUUGGGACUAGCGGCCUUCAAUGAUUUUGUUGUGAAUAUGGAGAGCCUGCUCAUCCAUCUUGAUAUCAUCCAUGCGUGCAACCUCUUUUCUGGACUCUGUUUACAAUGUUUUUAUAUGACUUUGUUCGGUAACAUAUAGUAGGUCUUGAUUGAUUUAGCAAGGAAAAAAAAGGAAAAAGAAAAGAAAAAGAGUCUUAGUAUAUAAACUCUCUAGCUAUAUUUGCCUGGAUUAUGGUCUCAGAAUUUGCUUACUUGAAAAGGUUCAACCACCUAUUGUUACUGUUGGAUCUCGUUAUACUUGGAAGUUAAAUUCCAUGUUUUGGAAUGUUAGAUUCCGUCAAUGCAAAAGUUUUCUUCAAAUGGUUCCUUCAUACUCUACAUUUUCUAUCCAUCAAAACUUGACGUUUCAAUAAUAAACUUGAGUUAUUCCAGUCCAUCUCACCAGAUUGAAGGAAUUAACCAGAGUAUUAUGUUGCCUCAUUGGCCCCAAUAACAAGAUAGCAUCCUUGAAUAUAUACCCAUCAAUAAAUCUUCUCUUUUGAUUAUGUAAUCAUGUCAAAUUGUCCUACUCAGCUGCAUAACCAGCAUGCAGUCUCAUAUGGAACUAGUUGGCUUGUGGGGGCUCACCAUGGUGUUGUAUGGAAUCCAACCCAUCCAGAAGGAUUUCACCACUAUGACAUGGGACGCCUCAAAAAUUAGGCCGAUCCAACCAUUAAGAUGGGUCCCAUGUGAAUUUGGGGUUUUUAGGUGAUUUUCCAAUGGCUUCUAUGCUGUGGCCUACAUAAUGGUUGAAUUGGCCUGUUUUGGGUGCAUCCAUUCUCAUGGUGAGGGGACCCUGCUCAAUUGGUUGGAUGUACAAACGCCAUAGUACGCCCCACAACUGGCUGCACGAAGAACUCAUCUUCAGUCAGUGCAUGAGAUGUUUGCUUGUUUGGAUUUCUGUAUGCAUUGGGUGCAAACUGGACAACACUCAAAGAUACCCCUAAAUGACCUCAUUUUCGAUCAAAAUAUCUUGAAAGAAUGACUAAAUGUAGACCUAGAGGAGCAGCUGCACUUUAUCACGUUCCUGAGGAAAUCAUCAUUAUGGGCUAUGUCUCACUUUUAACCAUAAUUCUAGGAGUAGAAUUGCAUUAAAGGGCUCUACCAAAAUGUUUUU